AUGUUCCUCUCUCCACCACAUGCUGAUCACUCUAAUGAGCUGUUGGACAAUGCGCUUUCAAUGCACAAAACAUCCAUCGGCUCCUAUCAAAAUGGUUUAACAGAUGCGAUUCAGAGCAUGAGCCUCGGCCUUGGCGAGCUUUCCACCCCACUGGAAACAUUCAACCUUUGGGACAAUCGCUCAAAACUUUCUACACCAACGCGAGGCUCGACUUCAAAAGGGAUUGUUCUGCCAGAAACUCCACUUCGGCCAGAAGAUGACCAUCCACCGGUGUUCUCACCUAACACACAACUUGUGAAUACAUCUGCAGUUUCUUCACCGCUUCCGGUUAAUAACUCGCUCAACGUCACGACACCCCAACGACCGAUGAUGCCCACGUGUGCAACAUGUGGGGUGAAUGCCAGGCAAGUUUCUCUUCUCCAUCGUUUUUUUUUUGAUGCGACAAAGGUUCAGAAGAAAUGCAUGACUUUGCUGCUGCCAAACUUCUUCGAGUAUUUCCACUUUACAUUUCAUUCCCACGCGAGAAUACAGUUUUUGAAUCUGCUCAGUCACUGA